CCUCGUCACCUCUGACGAUCUCUCCUCUCUGUUUGGCUUCUUUAUUUUUGUUUUUCUUUCUCUCUCUAACAAGAGAUAACAAGCUGCUGUUUGGUUAUAUUUUCUCGGAUUUCUCCUUCACCGAGAAAAUCUUUACUCCCUUUGUCCCUCGUUUGUUAUGAUCUUUGUUAUACAGGAUCUUUAAGUAGGUAGCUGUGGAUUAUGAAUUUUAGUGAGUGAAGAACGAUAGUGGUGGAGAAGUGAAAUAGCAAACCAGCAAAAAAAAUGGCCUUUGAGCCCUUGGUUUGGUAUUGCAGGCCAGUGCCAAAUGGGCUGUGGACAAGGGCAGUGGAAAAUGCAUUUGGUGCAUAUACACCUUGUGCCACUGACACUUUAGUUGUGGGCAUUUCUCAUUUGGUUCUCAUUGCUCUCUGCUUCUAUAGAAUUUGGCUUAUUAUGAAAGAUUAUAAAGUUCAGAGGUUUUGUUUGAAGUCUAAAUGGUACAAUUACAUGUUGGGGUUACUUGCUGUUUAUGCUACUGCUGAGCCUUUGUUCAGAUUGAUCAUGGGAAUUUCACUUCUUAAUAUUGAUGGACAGAUGAGUCUUGCUCCAUAUGAGAUUGUUUCCUUGAUUAUUGAGGCCCUUGCUUGGUGUUUUAUGCUUGUCAUGAUUGGAGUGGAAACCAAAGUCUAUAUCCGAGAGUUCCGAUGGUUUGUUAGAUUUGGUGUCAUUUAUACUUUAGUGGGGGACGCAGUGAUGUUCAAUCUUAUUCUUUCAGUGAAAGAGCUGUAUAAUAGUUCUGUACUGUAUCUAUACAUUAGCGAGGUCUUGGUGCAGGUUUUGUUUGGAAUACUUCUGCUUGUGUACGUUCCUGACUUGGAUCCCUAUCCUGGUUACACUCCCAUAAGGGUUGAAUCUGUUGAUGAUGCUGAAUAUCAAGAACUUCCUGGAGGAGAGAUUGUAUGUCCGGAGCAGCAUGUCAGCGUAUUUUCCAGAACAAUUUUUGCAUGGAUGAAUCCCAUAAUGCAGCUAGGCUACAAAAGGCCUCUCACUGAGAAGGAUGUCUGGAAAUUAGAUAUAUGGGAUCGGACUGAAACACUGAACAACAAGUUCCAGAAAUGUUGGGCUGAGGAAUCGCGAAGACCUAAACCAUGGCUUUUAAGAGCAUUGAAUAGUAGCCUUGGGGGAAGGUUUUGGUGGGGAGGCUUUUGGAAGAUUGGCAACGAUGCUUCCCAAUUUGUGGGGCCACUUUUACUGAAUCAACUCUUGAAGUCUAUGCAAGAAGGCGAUCCAGCUUGGAUAGGAUACAUCUAUGCUUUCUCAAUUUUUGUUGGCGUGGUAUUUGGCGUGCUAUGUGAAGCUCAGUAUUUUCAGAAUGUCAUGCGUGUUGGUUACCGGCUGAGAUCAACUUUGAUUGCUGCUGUCUUUCGAAAGUCUCUGAGGCUAACCCAUGAGAGUCGGCAAAAGUUUGCAUCUGGAAAAAUUACCAACUUGAUGACCACUGAUGCUGAAGCACUUCAGCAAAUAUGCCAAUCACUUCACACUUUGUGGUCAGCUCCAUUUCGUAUAGUCAUUGCAAUGAUUCUGCUUUUUCAGCAGUUGGGUGUUGCUUCGCUUCUUGGUGCACUAAUGCUAGUGCUCCUGUUUCCGAUACAGACUUUUGUUAUAAGCAGAAUGCAGAAACUGUCUAAGGAGGGGUUACAGCGCACAGACAAGAGAAUUGGCCUCAUGAAUGAAAUUUUGGCUGCAAUGGAUACUGUAAAAUGUUAUGCAUGGGAGAAUAGUUUCCAGGGGAAAGUUCAAAAUGUUCGGGAUGAUGAAUUAUCAUGGUUCAGAAAAGCAUCAUUACUGGGAGCGUGUAAUGGUUUCAUUCUGAACAGCAUUCCCGUAGUGGUGACUGUAAUUUCAUUUGGUAUGUUCACUUUGCUUGGGGGAGAUCUAACACCUGCAAGGGCAUUUACAUCGCUUUCUCUAUUUGCUGUGCUUCGCUUUCCCCUGUUCAUGCUUCCUAAUAUAAUUACCCAGGCUGUAAAUGCAAAUGUAUCCUUAAAGCGUUUGGAGGAGCUACUUCUAGCCGAAGAGAGAAUCCUUCUACCAAACCCUCCCCUUGAUCCAGUACAACCAGCCAUCUCAAUAAAAAAUGGAUACUUUUCAUGGGAUUCAAAGGCAGAGAUGCCCACAUUAUCAAACAUCAAUGUGGAUAUACCUACUGGCAGCCUAGUUGCAAUUGUUGGUAGUACUGGAGAGGGAAAGACAUCGCUUAUUUCAGCAAUGCUAGGGGAGCUUCCAGCAAUGUCAGAUACAACAAGUGCUGUUAUUAGGGGGACAGUUGCUUAUGUUCCACAAGUUUCAUGGAUUUUUAAUGCAACUGUACGGGACAAUAUACUAUUUGGGUCUACCUUUGAUUCAACAAGAUAUGAAAAGGCAAUUGAUGUGACUUCCUUGCAGCAUGACCUUGAGUUAUUGCCUGGUGGUGAUCUCACCGAGAUUGGUGAAAGAGGGGUGAAUAUUAGUGGUGGGCAAAAACAAAGAGUUUCCAUGGCUAGGGCGGUGUAUUCCAAUUCAGAUGUGUACAUUUUCGAUGAUCCCUUGAGUGCUCUAGAUGCUCAUGUAGCUCGUCAGGUUUUUGAUAAAUGCAUAAAAGGAGAAUUAGGCAGGAAAACAAGAGUUCUUGUCACAAACCAGCUCCAUUUUCUUUCACAAGUUGAUAGAAUUAUCCUGGUCCAUGAGGGUAUGGUGAAAGAGGAGGGAACCUUUGAAGAGCUCUCAAAUAAUGGCAUGAUGUUCCAAAAGCUAAUGGAAAAUGCAGGAAAAAUGGAAGAGUAUGUGGAAGAAAAGGAAAAUGGUGAAACUGAAGAUCAGAAAACCUCUUCAAAACCUGUUGCUAAUGGGGUAGCGAAUGACUUCUCUAAGAAUGUGAAUGAGACAAAAAACCGGAAAGAAGGAAAAUCUGUUCUUAUCAAGAAGGAAGAACGAGAAACAGGUGUUGUCAGCUGGAGAGUUUUAAUGAGGUACAAGAAUGCAUUAGGAGGUGCAUGGGUGGUGAUGAUACUCUUCAUGUGCUAUAUCCUGACAGAAGUUUUACGAGUUUCAAGUAGUACUUGGUUGAGUAAUUGGACAGAUCGAGGAACUACAAAGAGUCACGGACCUCUUUACUACAAUCUUGUCUACUCUAUUUUAUCAGUUGGUCAGGUUAUGGUGACAUUAUUAAAUUCAUAUUGGUUAAUCAUAUCAAGUCUUUAUGCUGCCAGAAGGUUGCAUGAUGCUAUGCUUAAUUCCAUAUUGAGAGCUCCAAUGGUUUUCUUUCACACCAAUCCACUUGGACGUAUUAUCAAUAGGUUUGCAAAGGAUCUUGGGGACAUUGAUCGGAGUGUUGCCAUAUUUGUGAAUAUGUUUCUCGGUCAAGUGUCCCAGCUCCUUUCUACAUUCAUCCUCAUUGGAAUUGUCAGCACCAUGUCUUUGUGGUCCAUAAUGCCUCUUUUGGUUUUGUUUUAUGGGGCUUAUCUUUAUUAUCAGAGCACAGCUCGUGAAGUAAAGCGCAUGGAUUCAAUAAGUAGAUCACCUGUUUAUGCACAAUUUGGAGAAGCUCUGAAUGGUCUGUCCACUAUCCGCGCAUAUAAAGCUUAUGAUCGGAUGGCUGACAUCAACGGUAGAUCUAUGGACAAUAACAUCAGAUUCACCCUUGUAAACAUGAGUGCCAAUCGAUGGCUUGCAAUCCGGCUGGAAACAUUGGGCGGCAUUAUGAUUUGGCUUACAGCAACCUUUGCAGUGAUGCAGAAUGGAAGGGCAGAGAAUCAGCAGGCAUUUGCAUCUACAAUGGGUCUACUUCUCAGUUAUGCUUUAAAUAUUACAGGCUUACUGACCGGAGUACUCAGACUUGCAAGUUUGGCAGAGAAUAGUUUAAAUGCUGUGGAACGGGUUGGCACAUACAUAGAUUUGCCAUCAGAAGCCCCUCCUGUUAUUGAGGGAAAUCGCCCCCCUCCUGGAUGGCCUUCAUCAGGAUCAAUCAAGUUUGAGGAUGUUGUUUUGCGUUACAGGCCUGAACUUCCACCAGUCCUACAUGGAUUGUCUUUUACAGUUUCUCCAAGUGACAAGGUCGGAAUAGUCGGAAGGACUGGGGCAGGAAAAUCUAGCAUGCUUAAUGCUUUAUUCCGAAUUGUGGAAUUGGAAAGAGGAAGGAUCUUGAUUGAUGGUUAUGAUAUUGCAAAAUUUGGAUUGAUGGAUCUACGCAAAGUACUUGGUAUUAUACCACAAUCACCGGUUCUCUUCUCAGGAACUGUGAGGUUUAAUCUUGAUCCUUUCAAUGAACACAAUGAUGCUGAUCUUUGGGAGGCUUUGGAGAGGGCACACUUGAAGGAUGUUAUCAGAAGGAACUCUUUAGGUCUGAAUGCUGAGGUAUCGGAAGCUGGGGAGAAUUUCAGUGUUGGACAGAGACAAUUGUUAAGUCUUGCUCGAGCAUUGUUACGGAGAUCAAAGAUACUUGUUCUUGAUGAAGCUACUGCUGCUGUUGACGUAAGAACUGAUGCUCUUAUUCAGAAAACUAUUCGGGAAGAAUUCAGAUCCUGUACAAUGCUAAUCAUAGCCCACCGACUUAAUACCAUCAUAGAUUGUGACCGGAUCCUUCUACUUGAUUCUGGCGAGGUUCUGGAAUAUGAUACACCAGAGGAACUGUUGUCAAAUGAAGGUAGUGCUUUCUCUAAGAUGGUUCAAAGUACAGGGGCUGCAAAUGCUCAGUACUUGCGCGGUUUAGUACUUGGAGGAGAAGGAGAGAGUAGGUUUGGAAGAGAAGAGAACAAACGGUUAGAUGGACAGAGGAAAUGGAUGGCUUCUUCUCGUUGGGCUGCCGCUGCCCAGUUUGCCCUUGCUGUUAGCCUCACUUCAUCGCAUAAUGACCUUCAGCGACUGGAAAUUGACGAUGAAAACUCUAUCCUCAAGAAAACAAAGGAUGCAGUGAUAACUCUUCAGGGAGUGUUGGAAGGGAAGCAUGACAAAGUAAUUGAAGAAUCAUUAAAUCAACAUCAAAUUUCAAAAGAUGGCUGGUGGUCAGCUUUAUACAAGAUGGUUGAAGGUCUUGCCAUGAUGAGCAGAUUGGGUCGAAACAGACUUCACCAAUCAGAUUAUGGCUUCGAUGACAGAUCAAUCAACUGGGACAAUGUCGAAAUGUAGGCAUCCGUGUUUCUUUUGAUUUCAGAAGGGGGAUUUUAAACUUUGUUUAUGAUCUUACUCGACCGAACCAAUUUAUCAAUCUCCUGAUAUUUUUGUAUGUAGUCUCUGGAAUUUUGUUCAUUUGUAUGUUGUUUCAGGACAUUCCUUUUUUGCACAUUUGAAUUUUGGUAUACCCUUAAUUGGGUUCCUUAAGUAUAACUAUACAUGUUAACAAAAAUAGGAUAUUCAGAAUGCCUCAAUAAUUUGUUAAAGCUCUUACUCCUACAUUAAUGUUGCCCAAAAUGCUCUGGCAGUGAAUUGUAAUGUUCACCUUUA